AGAUUUGUUGAUGUAAACAAAUGUUAAAGAUCCUAUUGUGUUGUAUAUCGACCCUUUCUUCCUUCUCUUUUAACAUUCAAAUGGCCAAUUUUAAUUGUCCAUGAUUAUUUAUCAAUCAAUUUUAUUGUUUAUUGUUAACUAUUGACAUUAUCAAUAUAAUUAUAUCUUCCAGUUAAACAACGGAUUUCUGUGAUAAAUCAAAUUGAAUCAGUUCCGGGUAUAAUCGGCUGGUAGCUUGCUUCAAUGUAUACUUGGUUGAGUUGACUCGUCAGCUGCCACCGCCUCCUUUUUGUGUUAUUAAUUUGAUUGUGAACUUGAUUGCGGUGAUUUUGGUUCCAAUAUCAUUCAUCCUAAGGGUACACACAUUAUUUUGAAAUUUAAUUUCUUUACUUUAUCGUGAUUGAUCAGUAUUCAGUUCAAGUGUCAAAAUGGCUAAUGAAGAAUACGAAAGGAUCCUUUUGGUAAAGAAUGAAAUUUUCAUUUUCAAAAUACCACCAAGAACUACCAAUCGAGCAGUAAGAGCUUCAGAUUGGAAGUUAGACGCUCCUGAUUGGACCUGUCGAAUGAAAUUGGUAGCUAAAGGGGAUACUUGUUUACUUAAAAUUGAAGACAAAGCCAGUGGACAGUUGUUUGCUAAAUGUCCUAUCGAUGCUUAUCCAGGAGUUGCUGUUGAACCAGUCUCUGAUUCUAGCCGAUAUUUUGUUAUACGAGUGCAAGAUGAUAAUGGACGCUCUGCAUUCAUUGGAAUGGGCUUUGCAGAUAGAGGAGACUCUUUUGAUUUUAAUGUGUCACUUCAGGAUCAUUUCAAAUUGGCUGAAAAGCGGAUUAAACUGGAGCAAGAAGAUGCAGCCGCUGAUAGUCAACCAAAACUGGACUUGAAAUUCAAAGAAGGAGAAACCAUCAAAGUAAAUUUGAACAUUUCGAAAAAACAUGGGGCUGGAAACAAGCUUAAAAAUAAGGUGUCUGGUGGUCCAAUAGGUAUUCUUCCUCCUCCCCCAGGUGCAAUAAAGAUUCCAGGCCCGCCAGGCAACAGCACCAGCAACACCGGCAGCAUUAAAGCUACCUCAAAUGAAUCAUCUGAUUUCUUACAAACUUCCUCGAAAGAGGAUAAUGAUCUGCUUGAUGAUUUUGAAAGUUUAAGUCUAUCUCGAUCGUCACAACCAGUCCAACAGGAUAUCACAAAGAUUUUUGAUUCAAACAAAUCUGAUAAUGAUUUGUGGGCUGAUUUUUCAGACUCUUCAACCACUACCAACUCAGUUGGAGCUGACAAUAAUCAACAACAAUCCAACUGGGCUAGCUUCUAAUCAAGUACAUAAACUUGUACAGUGUUAAUACACGCACUUACAAUGCAAUAAUUAAUGCUUAUUACUCGUUCUCAAGUUCCUUCAGUCAAAUCCGAAUAGAAGAUUAUGAUGGAUCUAAAAGUCUAUUUAAAGAAAACCGAUUGGAAAAUAACCUCAAAGGGAAAAAUUGUUAAAUUAUGUUGAUCAGUCAACUCUGUUAUUCUGCUUAACCAAUUGAUCCUCAUUCAAUUUCAAACCUCUUCAAACAUUACCACACAUGAUAUACACUGUCAUAAAUAUAUUUUCUUGGGAUUUCAUUGCACAAUUAUUUUGCUAAACGCAAAAGAAACCUUCAAAUAUGCAUAACUUUAAUUUAAUACUGAAUAGAAUGUUGAUAAUUUAUUUAUUAGACGCAAACAUCUUCUGUUGAUUGAAAUGAAAA